UCCAAAAUGUAAAACCGUUUGCAGAAGACUUUAUUCUUUGGAGAAGUACAAAUCUGUGGUACUUACAAUUUCUAUUACUCCAGCUGGCCUUUGUUGCCAAGAACAACGCCACGCUAACAUCACAGACCGACUGACAAUGUAAUGGCCAUGUAUGAAUCAAUUGGUUAGGAUUACAAAGUAACGCUUUUAGUCGUCUAACACAGCCUGCAAGGAUGGCGGAAGUACAAAGACGGCCUGAAAAUGUUGGCCGAAUUCUCGUGCAGGUUCAGGAGGAUCUGCACAACCUUAAAGAGCAGAUGAGUGCAAUGAAACUUGAAGGUUCAAAUCAGAUUGAUCUCAAGUCAAUUGAUGAUGCUCUAAUGAGAACAGAACAAGGUUUAAAGCAAAAUGCUGAGUAUGUUGUGAGCAUGAUGAACAAUCAAGUGAUGACUCUUCCAACUGUGGAUGAAGGAUCAAGAAGAAGCUCUCGCCCUCGUGCCUCCAUGCAGAAGAUGCGGGAAUCCUCAGGUCGUCCACAACUGCAUCCAUCUUUGUUCCAUGACUCACCUGGAGAGAAUAUGGAAGAUUGUGAGUUAGUCAAUCCAGUGCAUAUGAUAGAGUUUCAACACAAUCUCACUAUGAAAGCUUUGCUCAACCCAGAGAAUUUAAACAACAGAGAAGUUCUUCAUAGGAAUUACAACUUUACAUUACCUGCUAUUAAACCUCCACGCCAAGCCAAGUUAAUAAACCAGAGUGUUACACGCGGCUGUACAGUUGACCAGUUGUCAGUUUUACCUCGUGCUAAUCGAACAGAUCCUUCAUUACCACCACCAUCCAUUAUGGAAAAGGAUGCUAAGAAAGGGAUUUUAAGUCUUAUUGAGCGUGGUUUGAUUCCUCCAGCUGCCGAACUGACCCUGGAUCCAUCACCAGUCCACCAUAAACGUGCACGACUACAUAAUGCAGAGGAAGCUACAAGGAAACAACUGCAAUCUGAGUCAAGCGCAAGGGGAGAGGGCAGUCAUUACAUGGCAUCUGUAAAGUUAGACUUAUCUCAUGAUGGUCGAUUGAAAAUUAACGGCAGUGGAAAUUCUCAAAGACUUGGAACAUCAGAGGGAGCAAUGACGGCAUCAGUUCCCCCAUCAUCUGCUAACUAUUCAAGAUCAGCAGGUUCUCCUCAGCUUCGCUCCGUGCUCAUCCAAUCCCCAACAUCUAGGAAGAAGUCCGGUUAUUCAUCCACCACAGGAAGGUCUCCUCUUCCUCUUCGUGUGUUUGAUGCUCCUCUCCAACCACUUCCUCCACCAGCCACCCCAGCACAGAAAGAAGAAGACCAGCACCAAGUUGUAGCAGCAGGACAAGGUUACAGUUUCUUUAUAACCUCAGGUAACCUCCCAAGAUCAGGUGAUCCUGAGUUCUCUGCAUUCCAUCAGAGGUACCUUCUACAGUGGGGCUCAGUGAUAACAAUGGUUGCAAAGCUGCAGAAAGUUUUACAGGAUUAUGCGAUCCCUACAGCUUAUGUAAAUGGAGAUAGACUAGCUGAGUUGUCAAGGCAUUAUGAACUAGAAUACCAACCAACAAGAGAUGAAUUGCUAACUGUACUUGAGAAUUAUGAAGAUGUUCUCGCUAUGAUUAGCACCCCUGGCAGAAGGUUCCUUGGAACUGAUGGACGCUAUAUCGCUGUAUCAAAGAUCCAGGCCACUUGGAGGCGAUACAGAGACAGGAGAGCGUAUCUGCAGUAUAGAAAACAAAGAUGGGCAGCGGGUGUGAUUGCUAUAUCAUGGAUCAUGCAUGUUCGUAUGUCACGUAUGAGAAAACGUCUUCGUCAUAUUCGAAGAAGUCAUCUUGAUAACUAUAGAGCUCGUGGAAAGACAUUAGCUCUAGAAUGGAAUCGUAUAACUUCAUCAAGAAGAGUGAUUGUUCAUGUUCCAUCACUUGGCCAUCCAACUCAAAUUAGAUUUGGCAUGUCCGGGUUUGAUCGAAAGCAAAAUGCUCAAAUGGCUCGCCUGUGUGACCUUAUAGAUACAAAUGUUGAAGUGAUUUACGUAUCGCCUGUUGAAGUUUUGGAAGAACUUCAGCAAUAUUAUUGCAAGCUGUUGGGGUUAAAGGGGGCAGUGGAAGAGGCAGACCCAGAAAAAGUUGGCGAUUUAUCCACAAGAUUUACCAUUGUUACACCAGAGGCACUCAACAAAUUUCCUACCCACCAUAUGUGUUUGGCUUCCUUGCUUAAAUACAGUCCAUGUGCAUUGUCACGUAUUAAGAAGUUAAUUGCUGGAAGAGAUGCAUAUUAUGUGCCUGGGGUGAUCCAUAAAGAUGAUAUCUCAGUAGCUGAUGAACUCAAUAUACCAAUCCUUGGAUGUGAACCAGAGAUCUGCCAUCUGUACAGCAGUAAAUCUGGCGGACGUCGUGUGUUUGCUGCCGCUGAUGCAACAGCCCCACCUGGUGACCAUGAUGUGUACUCGGCACAGCAGCUUCACGAGUCAAUGGCGAGACUCAUAUGCGAGAACCCAUACGUUACCAAGUGGUUGAUGAAAAUUGAUUCUGGUUUUGAUGGAAGGUCCAUUGCUUAUAUUGAAGUUAACAAGCACCUUCCAUGUUAUUUAUGGAUGCUUAGAGAAAGUAGAAGAUAUGGGGACAAGUGGAGCAAAAAAUGGGCUCAGGAUGCUGCAUACACCAAGGUGUUAUGUGAGCUUCCAGAUGCUCUGGACAACUUUGCUUGCCCUGCGAACAAAGAUGUUUUCCCAACAUGGGUGGAUUUUCUUGAUGCUUUUCUUGGCCAGGGUGGUAUUAUUGAAGCUUACCCACCAACAGAGAGCGUGACAUGUUUGACAAUUGAUAUGUUGAUUGAUCCAACUGGUAAAAUGCACAUGACGUCAUGUGGGGAUCAGAUUCAUGCUGAGAAUACAUUUCGUUGCUGGGGGACUUCUGUUCCACAAGCAUCUGUUGAGCCAGCUGUACUCAAUGAUGUUUCAAUGCGAAUAGCUGAAGCAUGCAGAGCAAGAGGAGUUAUCGGAUACUUUUCAAUUGAUUAUGUUACCUUUAUUGAUCCAGUUACAUACAAGCAAACUUUAUGGGCAACUGACUUAACAUUAGCUUACAGUGACCAAAUGGCGAUGACACAAAUGUUGUUGUUCGUUACUGGAGGUAAAUUAGACGCAGCUGAAGGUCGUCUUGUUGUUCCCCCUCCUCCUAAACCUAAGCAAGCAAGGUUCCGAAAAAGGGAUGACGACAAGGACAAAUUGCCUCCUCCAAACUUAACAAGAUUCAGUGUUAUGAGUACCAACCUUGUACAUACCAACAUGGCUGUUGUGCAUUACAGUGUCUUCUUUCAGAUGUGUCGAGCACAUGGUAUAGGGUUUGAUAUUAAAGAGCGUCAAGGUACAGUCUUUACGUUGGUCGAUUCUUCGAAGCGAGAAGAGCUUGGAAUGCUUUCUGUUGGUGAAGAUCUCCCAAGUGCACUUGCCUCUUUUGCUCGUAACCUCACAGUUAUCCACCAAGAAAUAUCUGCUCCAAACAUGCAGGGCAGAACAAAUUUCAAAGCAGCUGUUGAUGACAUUGAAAUUAUUUUGGGAACAACAGCUCAGAAUGAAAAAGAGGACGAAAAAGAGAACAAAAACUUAUCAGCAUGAUUUUAUCUGUUUCAUUUCAUGACGUAUUAAUAUUUAUGUUAAGUUACACUGUGUAUGUCGUUUAGAGUGUAAAUUUAUAAUUGCAUGCUAAAUGUUGGCCUAUUCUGUUCAUUUACCUGUUCCAAUUUGCAUUCGUCCAUUUUAUUGCGUAUUCCAAUCCAUUAAAUUACCUGUUUUUAUUUU